CGCGUUUGUAUCUGGUAUGUAUGCGACUAUGCGCAUUUCUAGAACGCCACUUACUAUGCAUAUAUGAUAUAUCUGUAUACACAUGUGGGUAGUCUGUGCACAUGAUGUGGAUAUAAAUACUAUCGUAGCUAUAAUAAAAACAUAACAGGGACUCACUGUAUUUGUGUGUUUGAACACUUUGCGAGAUAAACCACCUUGUAGAGUAAGUGUGGUAUUAUCGUAUUCCUGGAUUCAGUAACUAGUUUGGUUCGCCGUAGCUCAUUCCUUUCUAAACACGCAGUCCACUGUAGCCCCAAGCAAGAUAGGGUAUAUCCCAACAGCAUUAAGAUUUAGAGGGUUUCAACUAGUAAUAACGCAAGUACGCAAUACACUGAGAGUGGCAUUAAUAUGAGUGGUAAAGAUACAAAUGAGAGCAGCGUGGAGGUUGGUAAUGACGUGAAUGAUGGGGUUCGCGACAGUUUGACAUCGUCUCUCCAAAGCAAGACCAGUGUGGAAACGCCUGCGUAUUUCUCUGCUUUAUCAGGUGAUAAAAGUUCCAAGAGUGUGACAAUACAAGAGACGGGCGAAACCAGCAAAGAUGAACUGGGGAAAGACUCCAUUGAGCUCUCGAAUUUUGGUGUCAGUCUAUCAGACGAAAUCAAUGCAGGGCAGUCUAGCAGAGACUAUAUCGCUCAACCAGCGGCCGCUGAUGAUGACUUAGACUGGGACGAGUAGGUUUUUAUAUAUGGC